CUUCAACUUGGUAAGCUUCUGCAGAUAGGCAUGGACGGGCCAAAUGUCAAUCUGAAAUUCCAUCGUGAAAUGGUAUCUCACAUAGAGCAGAAUUAUGAUAAACGUCUCCUGGACAUAGGUUCAUGUGGGUUGCACCAAAUUCAUGGUGCAUUGAAAAAUGCAAUGGAAAAAAACGAGGUAUUCAAAGGUUUGCAGGAUUUCUUCACCAGCCUCUUCUAUUUGUUCCAUGAUGCCCCAGCUAGGCAAAGUGAAUAUACGUCUGUGACUGGUACUUCAAAAUUUGGACUGCAGUUCUGUAAACACCGUUGGGUAGAGAAUCUGCCGGUGGCCAAGCGUGCUUUGGAAAUCUUGCCGGAUGUCAUCGAAUAUGUCAAAGCUGUCCAGAAGAAAGACAAAAGGGUGACAAAGCCAACUUGCAAGAGUUACACAGUCGUUGAAAAUGCUACCACGGAUCCUAUGACUGUUCCUAUGCUGCAGGUUUACAUCUCCAUAUGCAGAGAACUGCAACCCAUUCUUGUCAAAUAUCAGUGCGACAAGCCCAUGAUACCUUUCCUUGGUGCAGACAUAUUCAACAUGCUUAGGAGUCUCAUACAGAGGUUUGGAAAACCAGAUAAUGUUAAAGCCGUGACCACUCAGCGCAAGAUGCUGAACUUUGAUGCCAAGAAAAGCCGGUGUGAUGUGAAGAAGGUGGAUGUUGGUGCUGCUUGCAAAGAAUCUCUGCGUCUGUUGCUCAAUGAGAAGAAGGUUUCAGAACUGAAGGUAUUCCAACUGCGUACUGAAACUCAGAAUGUGAUGUCAUUCAUGGUUGCCUACAUGCUGGAAAAGCUACCCCUAAAGCACAGCCUCGUACGCAAUGCAUCGUGUCUAGCCCCAAGUGAAAUGGUGCAUAACAGAGAUGAGUGCAUUGCACGGAUGAGCUACAUGCUUCAGGUACUUGCAGAAAAGAAACAGAUCUCCUAUGAUGACUGUGAUGUGGUGAAAUCACAGUAUGUCAGCUUCCUUGAUGUUCAGGUUGCAAGGUAUUCGUCUUCCUUUGCUGAGUUCAGACCGGAAGCAGACGAGUCCAGGGUAGAGACAUUCCUCUAUAAGCAUCUCCACCAGAAAACCGAGUACAGCAAACUCUGGCAGGCAAUGAAGAUUGUUCUUCUACUUUCCCAUGGACAAGCCUCGGUGGAAAGGGGUUUUUCCGUAAAUAAACAGGUAGCAGCAGACAACCUCCAGGAGGAGACAUUUGUGGCCAGGAGGCUCAUUUGCGAGCAUGUAAAUCGAGCAGGUGGGGUAUGCAAUGUACAAAUAACCCCUCAACUCCUUGUAGCUGCUGCUGGGGCACGUCAGAAGUAUCUAAUGCACUUGGACGAAGAGAAACGGAAAAAGGAGAGAGUAGAGAAGAGUCGUGGAAAGAAACGCCUGGAAGAAGAGAUCGAGGAAGUGAAGAGCAAGAGGAGGAGACUCAAUGAUGACAUAGACAGCAUGCAAAAGUCAGCUGAUGCUCUCUCUGAGAAGGCGGAGAGAACAGGAAAGCUCACUCUUGUCUCUCAGAGCAAUAGUCUAAGGCGUACUGUUGUUACUAAGAAAGUAGAAUUGGUAGAGGUGGUGGACAAGCUAGAUAUGUUACUGCUGAAACUUAAAGAUACAUAGGACCUAAGCAAUCUUAAGUUUCAGCAGUAACUCCUUAGUGGAUGGAUUUCUUCUGAUACUACAUGUAACUGACUACAUGCUCUUGUGCCAAUCUGACUCUUUAGGAAACAUGAUGAAGACUGUGUUGAUGUGCUACAUGUAUGUGGCAUUCAUUCUGUUUCAAUGUAUAUGAGAAAUCCAAAUGUUCCCGACAGUGCUGUCAUCUGUGUAUUAUGAGCUAGUAAAGCCAUUGUGAUUUUAUUUUGUGUUUUUUGUGUGCAAUCAAACUUGUAUUAUGAGCUAGUAAAGCCAUUAUUUUGUGUUUUUUUGUGUGCAAUCAAACUUGUAUUAUGAGCUAGUAAAGCCAUUGUGAUUUUAUUUUGUGUUUUGUUGUGCAAUCAAACUUGUAUUGUGAGCUAGUAAAGCCAUUGUGAUUUUAUUUUGUGUUUUUUGUGUGCAAUCAAACUUGUAUGUACCGGUAUUAUGAGCUAGCAAAGCCAUUGUCAUUUUGUCAUUUUGAAUUAUAUUAGUUUUAAGUAGUUGUUUGAUAAAUAAAUUGCCUUUCAAUUUCCAACAUUA